AAACUUGUGACGUUGUUUCAGUUCGUUGGUCUUCUACAGCGAUUGCUACACUUUAUAUCUUGCUGUUAUCUACCAACUUUACCUUUGUAACACAAUCAUACAACGAAAUAAUCAGGAAGAGUGAGACAUACGCGGUGCUACGCUGCCUUUUCCAUGAAAAACCUGGUGAACAGAAAUGGAUUUGGUUAAGAACAUUGCUUUGAGGUGCUCACCAACAGGGUGGCCUGGCUUCGCGCUAUUCGUUGUUUCUGCGGUGUGUGUCGUUGCGUUUGUCAUUUUCUGCCUGUAUGUACAAUAUAUUCACAUGAAAUAUGAUCAUAUACCCGGACCUCCCAGAGACAGUUUUCUGUUUGGACACUUAUUGACGCUGCUGAAAGUGAUGCGCGACGAUAAACUUGUGCACGAGAAGUUCUUGGAAUGGGCUGAAACAUAUGGACCUGUUGUUCGGAUUAACUCCUUACAUACUGUGGAGUUACUUGUCACAAGUCCAGAAGCCACCAAGGAGAUUCUGAUGUCUUCAAAGUAUCCUAAGGAUCCUCAUGUCUACAAACGCCUUUUUAGCCUGUUUGGAAUAAGAUUUCUAGGAACUGGCUUGAUUACAGAUCCAGAUCAUGACCAUUGGUACAGACAGCGUCGGAUAAUGGACCCUGCAUUCAGUAACUCGUACCUGCGUGGGCUGACACACACCUUCAAUGAGAGGGCCGAUUACCUGAUGGAGAAGCUGGAGGAGAAGGCAGAGAGCAAAACCCCCGCGCCCAUGCAUCACAUGAUCAACUGCGUCACACUGGACGUCAUCGCCAAGGUGGCUUUUGGGAUGGAAUGGAAUUUACUUGACACUACCCAGUCCCCCUUCAUCAAAGCCAUAUCCCUAUGUUUGAAAGGAAUGGUUACCUAUGCAAGAAACCCUUUCUUUGAGCUGUGUCCCUGGAACUGGAAGUUCAUAAAAGAAGUGAAGCAGGCUGCAAAGCUACUCCGAAAGACGGGGGCAGAUUGCAUCGCAGAGCGGAAGAGGGCAAUCCAAAAUGGGGAAGAAGUGCCCAAAGACAUCCUCACCAAAAUCCUCAAAUGUGCUGCGGAGGAGCAGGAUGAGGACCAUGAGCAGAUGCUGGACAACUUUGUAACAUUUUUCAUUGCUGGACAAGAAACGACAGCCAAUCAAAUUGCUUUUACUUUAAUGGAACUCGGGAGAGCACCAGAGAUAGUAGCAAAGCUGAGGAAAGAGGUGGAUGACAUCAUUGGGUCAAAGCAGGAGAUUGAGUAUGAAGAUCUUGGGAAGUUGACCUACUUGUCUCAGGUCUUAAAGGAGUCUCUCAGGCUGUAUCCUCCCGCUCCUGGCACAUCUAGGCGGGUGGUUGAAGACAUCGUCUUUGAUGGAAUCCACAUUCCAGGCAACGUGGGCAUUUUUUUCAGUUCUUAUGUGAGUGGAAGGUUGGACAGAUUUUUCAGUGAUCCACUGAAGUUUGAUCCGGACAGAUUCCAUCCUGAUGCUGAGAAGCCGUAUUUCUGCUACUUUCCCUUUGCCCUGGGCCCUCGGUCCUGCUUGGGCCAGAACUUUUCACAGAUAGAGGCAAGAAUUCUGAUGGCAAAACUGAUUCAGAGGUUUGAAUUGGAGCUCAUCCCUGGACAGUCCUUUGAGAUCCAAGAUACUGGAACUCUGAGGCCCCGGGGGGGUGUGGUCUGCACUGUCAGAUCUCGCAGCCAUGCUCGUGACUGACUGCAUCGUCCGGAGGGAGAUAUUUACCACGUUUUCGUCCAGGUUGCGCUGAAGACUACCAAUUAGAUUCUCUGCUUUACUUUAAUUAAUUAAUCCUCACAUCUACAUAACUGAAUUAAGAAAGUACUGUAAUUUAUACAAAGUACAGAUCGUGUUACAAGUACAAAGGAUGAUUUUGUCGCCAAUGCUUUUCACUUAUCUUUGACAUUUUAAUCUCAUAAAUACUGCAGUGGGGCUUAAUGGUGUUCAUUUGGAACUAUGAUUUGCAUUCUCGGACUGUAAACAAACAAUUCACUGAAUGUGUUUAAAAUGGCAAAGGGAAGAUACAUAUUUUAGCAUCAAAAUGUAGUCAUAUUAGAUUACAAUUGUCCAUUGGUACAAUUUUCUGGAAUAAAAUAUUUAAAACUG